UUGCAUUUAUGUCUACAGUGUGUUAAGAGAAAUAGCGUGCACACACACAUCCUGUAAUACGAUAUGUACCACAUCCUAUGCAGUGCAUUGCGGUUAGAAAAAAACAAGCAUAAUUGUAGAUUGUAGUGUAAAUGUGCAUCUGCAACUCACUUACUUAAUCUGUAAACUUGAAGCUUUUUUGGGUGCUUUCUUUCAUCUGAGAAAGAAGACUGCACAGACAGCUUGACGAACAGCAUGAAGAGGAAAUCACCAACACUUUAGAUUGCAGUCUCAAGAUACAACUGAGAUUUUUGAGAAAGCAUACACCGAUGAAAGAUAGGAGUGUGUUUCCAGAUAUUGGAAUAUUCUAGAGAUCCACACCCGAGAGUUGAAGACAGAUCUGAGGUCAGAGCACUCAUCAGGGCUUGGCAGCUGAAACGACGCAAGUGUCUUGUCCCACAGACAUUAUCCCAAGACAUACAAGUCAACUGAAUAUCUUUGAGUUGUGGACAAAACGAGACAUUUGAGGACCAUUCCUGGGCUUUUGGGGAAACAAUUAUCCACAUUUUUUUUACAUAUUAUAGACCAAACAACUAACCGAUUAAUUGAGAAAAUAUUCAACAGAUUAAUCGACCAUUAAAAUUACCCCAAAUCCCUAAUCAUUACGUACAAGUGCAUUGCAUUGGAACCCCUGGAUAUACAACAGACCAUGUAUGCAAUUGUUACUCUGCAAGACUCAGAUGAGGUGGUGGUGGCACCAACAAACUGGCUGAGCCUAGACAAGAAACAAUGUUACUGGCCCCCAUUCAGAUCACCAGACAAGUGCAUGGAAGCUGUUCAGUACAGAAUUAAACCUGAAACAGGAGGGAAACCAUGGGAGAAACUGAACAUCAGCUUUCACAGAGAACAUGGCACUUUUGAGAAGGCAAAAGAGGGGCAAAAAGAAACCAAAGAACAGAAAGAACGGUCUUAUCUAUUAGCCACUGGAUUCUCUGGAAUGCUAAAAAAACAAAGACUUGAAUGCACUCAAGAAAUGUUAAAACAACAACUUCUUCCUGAACCAUCUGCAUCUACAUCCAGAAUGCCGGCUGAUGCAGACAAGCAUGAGCUCCUCCAAAUGCUGAGAGACAUCAAGAGCACGGUUCAGGAAAACUCUGCUAUGCUAAAGAAACUAUUAAAAGACAAUAAAGGUUCUGAGGUCCCUAGCAGUACCAGCAUUCCUCCUAAAGAUGUUAACACAAACAUAAAACUGCCUCUUAAAACCAUUAAAGAAGUUGCCAGGACUGAAAGACAGCUUGAAAAGAAUGCCACAACACGCGAAAAAUAUGUAAGAUGUUUGUCAAGACUUGGAGGUUUUGGGCAAAAGGAUGUGAUUAAGAAUAUAAUGCAGCAUCUCCUAACAGAUGAUCUGGCCUCGAAGUUUAACUGGCAGGGGAGAGGAAAUAAAAAGCCUUUCUCUAAGCUUAUUUUAACAGAUGUGAUCAGAGAUGCUGCAUUAAAACAAAGUGUAAUGAGGAUAGACUGUGAUGCUGAAUUAAAAAAUUAUUUGUGGUCCAUAACUGAUCGAAUCGGUCGGAAUAAACCAAGAGUCUGUGGAGGUCUGACUUCAGAUGCCAUGCUGCUGGAUAGUAGCUUCCAGUCAGUGACCGGAAUGUCUUUUGACUGAGUUUUGGAACAAUUAUUCAUAGGUCAUGUAAGCUUAACUGCCUACACAUUAGACAUUAAUUUUGUAAAGAACAAUAUGUGUACUAAUGUAGCUAGCCACUGUUUACUUCAAAUAUUGGGUCUUGAGAAGAAAUGCUUAUAAUACUCAUAAUUUGAAAUCGAUACAAAUGUAAAUAUAUAUGGCUAAGGUUAGGCAGGGGUUUUUAUAUUGUGGUAAGAUAAGAUAAGAUCCAUCACCCUUUAGCUGACUGGAGGAAAUGAUAAAAAACUGGAUAAUGUGUUUGACUUGUGUGACAAUGUGUUGUGGUAUCACUGCAUGCAUAGACAGUUUUUCAGGUGUGUUAUAGUAGUGGCUUUAUCUCUCUGAUCCAAUUAUUUUCCUUGACUCAAAUGCAAUUACUGUAGUUGUGGUGUUUAAUUCUAAUAGGCUAUUUGUUUCUUUUUCAGUGUCACAUAGAUGAGAUGUAAUGAUUGUAUUCAAAAUAAACCUUAACCGCACAUUA